CUUCGCUCCAACAUAAACAAAGACAGGACGCAGCACAAGAGAAACUGCUCUCUCCGUUUAUUUUAUAUGCUAAUAUUAUAAAGACAUUUGGGAGCGACUUAUUCCUGGAGCAAUGGAAAACGCGUUACUGAUGCGAGUGAGUGUGUUUACUGACCAGGGAGGGAGGAAAUACAUGGAAGAUGUGACCGAGAUUAUAGUGGAGCCCGAGCCGGGAGAAGAUGAGCCGACGUCGGGUGAGCAGGAGGAGACAGGCGGUGGAGACUGUGCGGUCAACUGUCCGGCGGAAAAAAUACACAAGCUCCAUAACGGUGAAGUCACCGGCUCCCCCGAACUACCAGGUUUAACCUUUGACCCAGAGCCAAAAGCAGACGAUAGUUCAUCGGCGACUCCGUGUUCACCGGGAGGUCAGAGCACACCGGGAGAUCUGCAGACAGCGGCCAGCCGUUCCCGCCGUUCCGUCGCGUUCUUCGCAGUGUUUGACGGUCACGGGGGUCGCGAGGCUGCGCAGUUUGCGCAAGACUAUUUGUGGGAGUUCAUGAAGAAGCAACGCGGCUUCUGGUCCAAUUGUGACCGGGAAGUAUGCGCCGCUAUAAGUAAAGGAUUUGUGGCGUGUCACCACGCGAUGUGGAAGAAGCUGCCGGAAUGGCCAAAGACUCUCACAGGCCUUCCAAGCACAUCAGGCACCACAGCCAGUGUUGUGGUUAUCAGAGGGAACCGCAUGUAUGUGGCCCACGUUGGGGACUCUGCAGUAGUUCUAGGGAUCCAGGAUGAUCCCACAGUUCCAUUCAUCAGAGCUGUGGAAGUUACACAAGACCACAAACCCGAACUCCCCAGAGAGAGGGAGCGUAUUGAAGGUUUAGGAGGGAGUGUGAUCAAGAAAUCUGGAGUGAAUCGUGUGGUCUGGAAGAGGCCAAGACUGAGUCACAACGGCCCAGUGCGUCGCAGCACUGUCAUCGACCAGAUACCAUUCUUGGCAGUAGCCAGGGCACUAGGUGAUCUGUGGAGCUACGACUUCUACAGUGGCGAGUUUGUUGUUUCUCCUGAGCCAGACACCUGUGUGGUGACCCUGGACCCCAAAAAACAUCGCUACAUCAUCCUCGGCAGUGACGGUCUGUGGAACAUGGUGCCACCUCAGGAGGCCGUCUCCAUGUGUCAGAACAACAGCGAAGUGACAGUGAGUGCACCUUGUGGUGUAUCAAGUGCCAGACAGCUCGUCAGCCAUGCUCUUCUACGGUGGCGCCAGCGGAUGUUGCGCGCUGAUAACACCAGUGCCAUUGUAAUAGCCCUGCAGGAGUCGGGCACAUCGCAGGACACGCUGCACCACGAGGAGGUGCUUCUUGACCUGUCCAAGGUGUCCCAGUGUCCUCCCACCUCCUUAUCCCGUGCUGACACUCCUCUACUCCAGCGGCCUCUAGAGGAAGACCCUCCCUCUGACAUGUGUGAUUUCCUCCCUGCCCUGGAGCGUCGAGAUGGCUUAUCAGGAAGCAGCAGCCUGUACCACGUGAAUUUGUCUGACCCGUUUGCUCUGACUCCACUGUGUCCAAACAGUAGCACUGAGCUGCCCAGUCAGUCCAGUCCCAGUGACAGGACAGCUGGCAGAAGGACACCCAGCAACAAAAGAACUAAUGAUGGAUCAUCAUCAUCAUCAUCAUCAUCAUCAUCAUCAGGCCACUCGGCCAAGAAAAGCCGGCGCAGGUCUGUAGACAGGCCACCACUGGUGCAGCACAACGCAGAGAAGAAACAGAAGGAGUCCCCUAACGGCUCCCCCAUUCUCCAACAGCACAACAAGACAACUGUGUGUGUGUACUGAACAAGGUUGCAGUACUCACAUCCAGGACUCUGACAUUUUUUAAGGCCUUGGAGUUGAGCAUUUGGACUUGACAGAACCGAGAACCUGAACUUUUAUUUGAAAUCUGAAAUUGAGACAAAUGUGACCUCAGCUCUCUGACCCAUCACCCUCUGAGCAGGGCCACUUGUUCUGGGGCGAACACUCCAGUCAUGUGCUACAACUUAUGGCCACGCACGCACUUUGCAGUUGCUUAUGACGGAGCACUGCUACCUUGAUCAGCAAUUUUUGAUCACAGUUAGGUUUAUUUCUGAUUUACACAUCAUGUAAAGUUCAGGCUACAGCAUAUUAAGCCAACUCUAGAGUUGAAAAAACAUUCUGGAGGCACUCAUGUGUAUUUCCUUUUGAGUAAUUGACCAAUUAAUAGUUUGAUCAGAAAAUAAUCUAUGAACUUGGAUCAGAUAAAAAAACAAAAUAGUACAUAUAGUAUGUACUAUAAAAAUAUCACAAUGAUUUUAAUUGAUGAAUUUAGAAUCUUCACAGACCUUCUGGCUGUGCUGGGACCCCCACCCGCCAUGGUUCCAAAAGAGGCACCCAAUCACUUCCCUAAAGAAGAAAAUCCAUCUGCUUCAGCCCAAACAAAAAUGUACUGUGUGUCCUGUGCAUGCACGUCAUGUAAGAACACUCCAGAUCAGCUAACCACUUGCUAAUACAGCUAUAAUCAUUAGAAGGUCUGAUAAGAGAAAGGAAUCCAUUGUGUUGUUGGAGACUGAUGAAAUAUCAGAAAAGCCUCUUGUGUGAGCAUUUUUAGUUGAAGCUGUAUUUGUUUGUUUGGUUGUAUCACUUCAGUUUUACUUCUCUUGUGGUGAGUCGUGAAGCUAACAGCCAUUCAGAGUGAUUCCUAUUUCAUUUACACCUUUGCUGCUAAUUCCCAGCCUUUAAACAGACCAGUUUGACUUUGACUCAGAUUCAAACAGUGAAGACUCUUUUAAAGCACUGCUACUAAAUCACACACACACACACACACACACACACACACACACACACACACAC